UAAAUAUUGACCCAUAUCUAUAGUCGCCACGUUGUGACACACGCUGACGAAAUUAGUCGUGAAUUUUAUAAAGCUUAAAAGCGUCGCUUAAAAUGGUACUGGACUUGGAUCUGUUUCGCAGCGACAAGGGAGGCAAUCCCGAGGCAGUUCGCGAGAAUCAAAAGAGACGCUUCAAGGAUGUGGCACUGGUCGAGACGGUCAUCGAAAAAGACGGCGAAUGGCGGCAGCGACGUCACCGCGCCGACAAUCUCAACAAGGUGAAGAACGUCUGCAGCAAAGUCAUUGGCGAGAAGAUGAAAAAGAAGGAGCCGGUUGGUGCCGAGGGCGUCGAAGUGCCGGCGGACAUACGCUCGGAUCUGACGCAAGUCACCGCCGAGUCCCUGCAUCCGCUGACGGUAAAUCAAAUCAAGCAAGUGCGUCUGCUCAUCGACGAUGCCAUGACCGAGAACCAAAAGGCCAUGGACGAGACUGAGCUGGCCCGCAACACGGCGCUGCGUGAGGUGGGCAACCAUCUGCAUGCAUCGGUGCCCGUUUCCAAUGAUGAGGACGAGAAUCGUGUGGAGCGCACGUACGGCGACUGCGAGAAACGCGGCAAGUAUUCGCAUGUGGAUCUCAUUGUCAUGAUUGACGGCAUGAAUGCGGAGAAGGGCGCUGUGGUGUCCGGUGGACGUGGCUAUUUCUUGACUGGAGCUGCUGUCUUCCUCGAACAGGCGCUUAUUCAACAUGCCCUUCACUUGCUAUACGCUCGUGAUUAUGUGCCUCUGUAUACGCCCUUCUUUAUGCGCAAAGAGGUGAUGCAGGAGGUCGCCCAGCUCUCCCAGUUCGAUGAGGAGCUCUACAAGGUGGUCGGCAAGGGCAGCGAACGUGCUGAGGAAGUCGGCACGGAUGAGAAAUACCUGAUUGCCACCUCUGAGCAGCCCAUUGCAGCCUACCAUCGCGAUGAGUGGCUGCCAGAAGCAUCGUUGCCCAUUAAGUACGCCGGAUUGUCCACUUGCUUCCGCCAGGAGGUUGGCUCACAUGGACGCGAUACACGCGGCAUCUUUCGGGUGCAUCAAUUCGAGAAGGUCGAACAGUUUGUGUUGACCUCACCGCACGACAACAAAUCCUGGGAGAUGAUGGACGAAAUGAUUGGCAACGCCGAGCAGUUCUGCCAAUCCCUGGGCAUUCCCUAUCGCGUGGUCAACAUUGUAUCCGGAGCACUCAAUCAUGCCGCCGCCAAGAAGCUCGAUCUGGAGGCCUGGUUCGGCGGCAGCGGUGCAUACAGAGAGCUGGUCUCCUGCUCCAACUGCUUGGACUACCAGGCGCGACGUCUGCUCGUCCGCUAUGGUCAAACGAAAAAGAUGAACGCCGCUGUCGACUAUGUGCACAUGUUGAAUGCCACAAUGUGCGCUGCCACACGUGUCAUUUGCGCUAUUCUGGAGACUCAUCAGACGGAGACGGGCAUCAAGGUGCCGGAGCCACUCAAGAAGUACAUGCCGGCCAAGUUUCAGGACGAGAUUCCAUUCGUGAAGCCAGCUCCCAUCGAUCUGGAGCAAGCCGCUGCUGAUAAGCAAAAGACCAAGAAGGAGAAGAACAAAAAGGAUCCAGCUGCAUAAUUCAUUAAUGAUUACACUCUCAUCCUAAUCCAAUUAUCACUCGGCAUAUUAUAAGCUUACAAGUCCAAAAUUGUGUUAUUUUUUACGUAUAUUUAUCGCAUUUAUAGCAAACCUUUUUAUUAAAUGCGCUUCAAAAUGCAACAAAAAAUAAAAAACAAAACAGUUUUUUAUCAACAA